AUGUUUUAUGCCGCUGGGGGAGGGCUGCUGUCGCUAAAACAAGCCAUCACUUUAGAAAAGUCAGCUAAAAGUAUCAUAUCGACAUUACAUAACACUACAAUAAAAGCCACAAGAAUGUCCUCCCUCACCUACAGCAACGACCCUACUGGCCCCGGCCUAAAAGCCAGCGAGACAUACCACUACUCACAAUCUGUCAUCCUCCCCUCGGGCAUCGUCAAGGUCUCCGGCCAAGGUGGCUGGGACAGCUCCCAAGUUCUCCCCCCCGACAUGAAGUCUCAAAUCGACCUCGCGUUCGCCAACGUCGAUCGAGUGCUGCAAGAUCAUGGCUUAAAGGGCUGGGAAGAUGUGUAUUUAUGGCGCAGCUAUGCGGUGGGCAUGGAUGACGCCAUGCAGCAUCUGGUACAGAAGAUAAGGGAAAGAGUACCGGGACACCGGCCCGUUUGGACAGCGUUAAGCGUGCCAAAGUUGGGGCUCGAGGAGAUGUUAAUUGAGAUUGAGGUCGAGGCAUUCGCGCCAGUGAAGCGAGAAUAG